AUGUCUGCGACAGCCUAUUCGUCAUCACAGUCAAUAGAGCUUCGCUCUGUGGCUCUGCCGCUGCCACAGUAUCAUCUGCUCGAGAUUCCCAACGAGCUGCUCCAUCUCUUCGACCCGACCGCCAUCAAGAAAGACGUAAAGGAGACUGCCUCGGAACAUGCAGCAAAGAAGCGCAAGCUCGUACCAACAAGGCUAACGAUCAAGGGCAGGUACGAUGAUCAAGCUGUGCUCGUAACAGACACUCAGACGCUCGCGCUGCGAGCCGUGUCGCAGUCCAAUUCGCUGUUGCUGUGCAGCAUCGAUGCCGCUCCUCCUCCUGCACCCGGCAAAGAUGGCGACGAGGCAUCCGCCAAACCAGCCCUCUAUCUUUGCAGCAACAUCACCGACACCUUGGAGCUUGCGCCCGUGGUACCUCGACUCGAUCGACUCACAGGUCUGCUCAAAGCGUCGCAGUACGAAGGCGAGGACGAGGAACAGCGAAGGUCAGCAGGCGCAGCGAGACCCGUGAGAAAGUACACGCUCAAGCAGCUCAAGAGCAUCGUCCAGGCAAGUCCUGUCGAGCUCGAAAAUGGAUUGAUCCAUCACCAUAUCAUUGAGAUGGACGGAUACAUGCGACACAUCUCGCCCGCGUGGAUCGUAUCGACAUUGCAAGUGCUCAUCUCACACCUCGACCUGCACGCCCUCAUCCCAGACAACGUCCCACUGCGAGAGACGGUCGAUGCACUCCACUCUGUCCACGGUCUGCGGAAGCAAGUAGUCACCGCUUUGUUGACGCAAUUCUUCGGCACUCCCAGCAGCACCGAUUCGGAUAAAGCUACGCUCGACACCAAGGCGAUCGUGCAUUUCCUCGGCGUGCAGGCGCUCAAGUCCACCGCCCGUAUCAGCAUCCCGCUGAGCGACUUUGUUCGUACAUGGCACGAAUCAUGCCUCUCCCCCGACUUUCGCAAUCUCGCCCAACUCGACCUCCUCUCCGGCUACUACAUUCUCAACCCAUCACCGUCACCCAGCGUCUCACUCUACCCGAAUCCAGCAUCGAUCAAGAUCCAAUUCUUUUCGUACCACGAGCUGCCCGCCGAUCCAGCAGCAAGAUUUCAGGAUCUCUUCCUCACCAGACCUUCCUGGCUCGCAGCCGACCUUUUGCCGUUCAUCAACGACCUUGCUCUCAACGAUAAGAAGAAGGACGGUCUGCUGCUCAAGUUCACUCGAGCAAGCAAGACAAAGGUGCUCGAUUGGGAGUUGAGCAACGAUCAGAAGCGACGCUGGAAUAAAGACAAGAAGCUGACGGGUCCAGAUGGAAAGGCGACAAACGUUUGGAGAGAUGUGGUCAUGUAUUCUGCUCGCGUCAAGUAUUAG